GGUGUGGUACGGAGCCGAGGUGAAGCCAGUCAUCGGAGCUCCGCUAUGAUGAAACUGUCAUCACACCAUCAUUGAACAUUUUUAAGAUUCAAAAUCUCUUUGAUUUGAGAAAAACAAUCGAGCAAAAGGACAAGUCGUGUUUUUUUUUAUUGUUUAUCUGAAAGUUGUUAUAGUUUGCAUCAGCUUGGAAGCCGAAGCGGAAUUCGUACGGCCUCUUCGCCAAUUAUAAAUGGCGAUGUUGGUCAUUAGUAGGAUGCUGGCCUUGCCCGGCAUCUUGGUCUUGUUGUGCACUCUGGUGAACGCAUCCACUUCGGCUUCCCACCUUCAUCAUGAUCAAGGUUUAUCGGAGAAACUAUCCGAGGUGGCUAGCCGCGACGUUGUCUACCUUUCGCUGAAGCAGGUCACGCCACGUCGUCGGGCUCGUCCAGCCAAAGAAACCCUGCUUGCCAUCGAACCGGCUCUGUCGGACCAAAAUCAACGCUUUUCGCUUCACGUCGAUCGUCGUACUAAACGAGUUAUCGUCGAGACGACAGAUGCUAAAGGGACUCUCCAUUCGUCCUAUUUGUUGGUCGACGGACUGGAACAUCGCUCCGUUAUUGAGAACCUGGUGGUAGCGAUUCACCAAUCUCCAGUUGGUCAGAAACGUCAUCGGCAGCCAAUCGACGAACAGCCCAACGAGGAUGGUGUCACGGAAUCCGUUGACAAGGACGAAGGACAAGACGAUGAAGACGACGAUGAUGAUGAGAUCAAAGCUUACAUCUACGUCGAUUGUCAAUCGUUGGGCAUCAUAUCCUUGGCCGGAUCUCUGAGGCACAUGAUCCAACAAUCGCCAUCUGCAUCUCUCGUUGCGUCUCGGGAUCGGAGAUUCCCCGUCACGGUUGACUCUGACGUUCCAACCGACAAGGUCUUGAAGCGUUACGACUGCCCAGCAGAAGACAUGCAAGCCGUCCAGGCCAACGAGAUUUAUUCUUACUCCAGACGAGAGACGUAUGGUCCUGUCCGAAACUGCGCCAACGCGGUAACCGGCCAAAAGUGUCCAACCUUCAUCCAGCCGGCCAUCGUUACCUCCUCUUCCUCCUCUUCCUCCUCCUCUAGCGCGGUGAGAGGUAAGACACCAGCAGCGGAAUUAAAGCUCCAAUCGGUUGAUCGUGAUAUUCCCAUUGUUUCUCCGGAUUUGGACGACAGAGACGGAGCUCUCAUCAAGGUAAUCAACGAGCUCAUUGCUGCCAUCAAAGAGCUCAAAGUAGAAGUCCAGGCAAACAGGCAAGAAACGCGCCAUUUGAGGGAUGCCCUAGAGAACUGCGAGAUGUGCAAACCAGGCAAACCGAUGAAGGAAACUUGUGCCUCUUCUCCGCCACCUUGCUUCCCGGGCGUCAAUUGCAUGGAGACAGCCGACGGUGUCCGAUGCGGACCUUGUCCGCGCGGUUUCAUCGGAAAUGGACGGACUUGCAGGCCAGGAAUCUCUUGCGCCGAUCGUCCUUGCUUCCCCGGUGUUCGCUGUACCGAUACUGAGAACGGCGCUCAGUGCGGACCUUGUCCUUCAGGAUUCGUCGGAGACGGCCAACGCUGUCGACCUGACAACGCUUGCAAAAGCAAUCCCUGCUACGCUGGUGUUCCCUGCCAAAAUUUGGAAGACCCUCCCUACUACCGGUGCGGAGCUUGUCCAGCUGGUACCACCGGAAACGGAACUUUCUGUAGCGACAUUGACGAGUGCGACCUAGCCAAUCCUUGCGACACGCGAGUGCGCUGCCAUAACAUGAUGACGGGCUUCCGUUGCGACCCUUGCCCACCUGGCUUCACCGGGCCGUCCGUCCAGGGCGUCGGCCUCGAAUACGCCCGCCUUAACCGUCAGCGUUGCAUUGACAUUAACGAAUGCGCUGACGGCCGCAACGGUGGAUGCGUGCCCAACUCGCGAUGCAUCAACACUGAGGGAUCCUUUCAAUGUGGUGAAUGUCUCGAAGGCUUCUUUGGCAACCAGGCAGUGGGUUGCGAGGAUACGCCCGGAAUGUGCCCGGAUGGGACCCGGUGCGAUGCCAACGCGGAUUGCGAACGACCAACGGGAACGGGUCCAUACCGUUGCAAGUGCAAAAUCGGCUAUGCUGGAAAUGGCAAAGUUUGCGGACCGGAUCGAGAUCUCGAUGGCUGGCCCGACUAUGAUUUAUCGUGCACCGAUGACAAGUGUCGUAAGGACAAUUGCGUCGACACUCCCAAUUCCGGACAAGAAGACGCUGAUCGUGAUGGCAUCGGAGAUGCUUGUGAUGACGACGCCGAUAACGAUGGCAUUCCCAACACUCCUCGUGCCUUGGGCGGUCCGGACAACUGUCCAUUGGUAGCCAAUCCUAGUCAAUCAGAUUCCGACCCGGAAGGCUCCGAUAAGAAGGGCGAUGCUUGUGACAACUGUCCCACCGUGGCCAAUCUUGACCAGGAGGACACGGACGGCGAUGGAAAGGGUGACGCUUGCGACGAUGAUCUCGAUAACGACCGAAUUAUGAAUUCUCGUGACAAUUGCCCGAAGACGCCCAAUCCCGAUCAGAAAGAUUCGGAUGGCGAUGGCCUGGGCGAUGCUUGCGACAACUGUCCCAAUACACCCAAUCCGAACCAGUUUGACAGCGAUAGCGACUUGGUCGGCGACGUCUGCGAUACAAAUAUCGACCGUGACAAAGAUGGUAUUCAGGACUCGUUGGACAACUGCCCGACGAUUCCCAACAGCGACCAACGAGAUGCCGAUGACGACGGUUUGGGCGACGACUGCGAUCCGGAUGCUGAUAACGAUGGCGUUCGUAACGAAAAGGACAACUGUCCGAUUGUUUACAAUCCCGAUCAGUUGGACACGGAUCGCAAUGGAGUCGGAGAUGCAUGCCACGACGAUCAGGACGCCGAUAAAGUGCCCGAUUUCUUGGACAACUGCCCGAACAACUCAAAGAUCUACGCCACCGAUUUUCGCACUUAUCAGACGGUCGUGCUCGAUCCCGAGGGCGAUUCUCAAAUCGAUCCCAAUUGGGUUAUUUACAACAAGGGUGCUGAAAUCGUUCAGACGAUGAACAGCGAUCCUGGUUUGGCUGUUGGCUUCCACCGUUUUGGUGGCGUCGAUUUCGAAGGAACGUUCUUCGUCGACACGGAGAUUGACGACGACUAUGUUGGCUUCAUUUUCAGUUACCAAGACAACGCCCACUUCUACACGAUCAUGUGGAAAAAGAACACUCAAACUUAUUGGCAAGCAACUCCAUUCCGGGCUGUCGCUGAACCGGGCAUCCAGCUCAAAUUGGUCAAGUCUAAUACAGGACCUGGUCAGAUGAUGAGAAACUCCCUUUGGCACACGGGUGAUACCGAGAAUCAGGUCAAAUUGCUGUGGAAAGACCCGCGUAACGUUGGAUGGAAGGAGAAGGUGGCCUACCGUUGGUUAUUGCUCCAUCGACCCAAGAUUGAUUUGAUCCGUCUGCGUAUCUUUGAGGGCGAGAACAUGGUAGCCGAUUCCGGUAACGUCUUCGACUCGACCCUCAAGGGUGGUCGAUUGGGUGUCUUCUGCUUCUCUCAGGAGAUGAUUAUCUGGUCCGAUUUGGUUUACCGAUGUAACGACGCAGUGCCAGAGGCUAUCUAUAAGGAAUUACCGCCCCGACUGCAAAAGGAGGUACAGGUGGACCGCACCCGUGCCCCAAGUCUUUCUGCCAACUGAUCAACGCAAAUUCAGUGGAACGAAAUAAGACUGGAAAGUGCAGCGCAUAGAAAAAAUAUCAAGAAAAUCAAAUCAGACGGGAGGAAACAAUAAUCAAAGAAAAAAACACAAAACAAACAAUAAAAAAAAACGUACCUUCUCUUAAGAAAUUCCUCCAAGAGAACCACGAAAAUAGAGCCAACUUAAGAGAGAACCAUUAGAGAAGAGUUGACGUUCUUCGAGACAUUACGGUUGUUGUUUCAUUUUUUCUUUUAUGGUAAACAUUUUUUAUUUUAUUUUUUUUUUUAUUUUCGUUGUUGGAUUUUUCUUUUUCUUCUGUUUGUAAAUGGGAAGACGCCCCCCAACCGGCCAUUUUUCAUUUUUUGGUUGAAUUCUUUUAACACGUACACAAAAGGAAAGGGAAAAGAAACAGUGACAACUAAAAAAAAAAAAUUCACGUACAAAUCGUACACGCGCACUUGGUUGUUUCUUUGGUUUUUUUUAUCACACGUUUUUUUUUAAUUUUUCUAAUCGUCUUUACUGAAUUUCGGAAAUGAGAAUGUUUUGAAAAUUUGUAGUUUCAACGACGAUGAGGUGGAGGUCAAACCAGCUUUACGUAAUGACGUGUAUAACCAACAAUUUUUGUCUAAUCAAAGCAGCGUAUUAAUGUCAAUGUACAUCAUAAUCACUAGAACAACAAAAACAAAAUCAACCCCUUUCGAAAAAAUCAACCAAAACAUAAAAAAAAAAAAAAAAAAAAAGAGGGGCAACUGCCUCUUUCACAACGCUUGCUCAUUAUGAAUAUAUAUGCCUGUCUAUCCCGAAAACCACCAGCCCCUUCUCCCUCUGUAUCAUCAUUCACGUACACGCUACAGUCUUGUUACAGAGGUUUAAAAAUACGCUGCUGUAUCGUCACACUGCCAAAUAAGGUGUAACUGCAAAAUGGCUUUUUUUCCGAAAUAUACAUCAGUGCCUAAUCCAUC